AUGCCUGAACUCAAUCACGACAAACUGAACGCUACAUUCGUCAGUAUAGAUCUCGAUCCCUGCUCACAAUACCGAGGAAUCCAAUACGGAACCAUCAGCAAGAGAUUUGAAGAACCAACAUUGAAGACCGAUUGGAAUGGACAACGAGUAGAUUGUCAGCAGUGGGGACCAAGAUGUCCUCAAAACAAGUAUGAUAUCGGUCAUCUUCUACGAGCACCAGAAGGUGACAUCUUCUACGACGAAACCGAGGACGAGUUCAAAUGCUUGAAUCUGGAUAUCACUAUUCCUGCCAAUACGCCGAGUGAUGGGGCUCGACUGCCUGUUAUGAUAUGGAUCCAUGGUGGCUCUCAGAUUAUCAGUUUUGGGAACGGAGCGAGCAAAGCUGGAGAUACGACGAGGAUUGUUGCAGAGUCAGCCAUACACUCAAAGCCCAUGAUUGUGGUUUCUGUGCAGUACAGACUGAACAUGUUUCAUGUUGGAGAUGGCAUCGGCAACAAGAAUCUUGGCUUCAAAGAUCAGCAAUUGGCUAUUCAAUGGGUGUCUCGGUAUAUUGCUGGAUUUGGUGGCGAUCCUGACGAUAUCACGCUUGCUGGAGAGAGUGCAGGAGCUGUUUUCGUGCAUGCAUUGAUUGUGAGUGGAGCUCCUGUUAAGCGUGGUAUUCUCAUGUCUGGGUCCUUGCACAUGUCGCCACCACAGCCGGAGGCAAGGGCGAAGAUUAUGCUCAUAGACCCGGUUCUUGACAAACUAAAAGCGAAAGGAUACACGUCUUUCGGAGAAGCCUCAGUACAAGCGAUGCUAGAAGCACAAGCCGAGAUACCUAUACCAUCAGUAUUUCUCCAGGACGACGAAUGCUUUGCAGCCUGGCAAGAAAACACAGGCAACAUUCAAGAGCUGAUAAUCGGAGACUGCGAGUUCGAGUCAGUCCUGUGGCGUAACGGCGUGGAAGCAAUGUCAGCAGAGCAGAUUGUAGAAUGCUUUGAAAAAGCAGACUCUUCCAGCAACAGGCUAAAGGAACUAUAUUACAUCAACAAGUUUCGAGCACCACAAUGCAGACACGGCGCAUUGGACUUUAUGAACGACAUUCGCUUUGCAUUGCCAGUACCGUUGGUCGCAAACAGAUAUGAGAAAGAGGGGAAGAAAGUAUAUAGAUACUUGUUUGAUCAGGCCAACCCAUGGCAGCCUUCAUCCCGAGCUCACCAUGCAGUUGACCUACUCUACCUCUUCAAUGGAUUCGACAUGACGAUGAACCCAUCAGCGGAGGAGCUCGGCAAAGAGUUGAGGAGACGCUUCAUCUGGUACAUCAACGGAGAAGCACCUUGGACGAUACGCAAGACCAUGGCAUUUGGACCGUUGGGAGACACUAGAGAGAUUGAUGAUGGAGGGGUUGCAGCUCGCAGACGCACACGACAGAUGGAUGAGGUGAACAAGCUAGAUGCCAGCGAUGUGGCUGCAGUGUUUGGAAGCCUUGCAGCUGGGAGAAUCAGUCUGCACAACUAG